CAGAGCAAAGUUUAAUCGUCUUGGCCAUGGCGUUCAACCGAGCACAAUUGCUUGUUGCCUUCGCUCUGGGUUUGCUCCUCAUGUCCCACGGUGCCGAGGCUUUCCAUCAGCUUUCCCCCUCCAUGAACAAGGAUUACAACCACGGAUGCAUGGACUGGAAGGAAUGCAUGAAGAGUUGCCAAAAGGGGGCCUUCGACGGCGGAUUCUGCGUACUCUCCAAAUGCAUGUGCUUCAAAAAGGGUACGCAUGCUCCACCGCCACAACACAAUGCACCGGAGUUGGCGCCAUCCGAAGGGCCAUCGCAGACAAAUUUCAUGUUCGCAAGGAAAGUCUACAUGGGCAUGCGUAAUUGAUUCGGUGGCUAAUUUUCACGACUCUCUAAAAAUGUUCUAUGUGUAAGCAACUAAGCAUGAAUAAUUGAUCGCAUGAAAAUUGCUGAAUUGAAGUACCGAAAGAAAUGACAAGAA